GGCUAAGGGUGGGAAACCGAGUGACCUGUUGAUUGGUGAACUGAUCUGUCAGAUUGGGUAGUACUUCCGUUUUCGGGGGCAUUCAGGAAGAAAAAUGGCGGCGGCCGAAAUUGCGGCCGCGGCGGAAGAGAAGUUCCGAGGAAAGCUAUCUGCCAGCUGCAUCGCUGUGGUAGUGGUACUGGUUGGGCUGCCUCUCUGGUGGAAGACAACAGAGACUUAUCGUGCCUCACUGCCUUACAGCCAGAUCAGUGAGCUGGACUUGCUCUUGCUUGACAUCAGUGUGCCAGUGGAAGUGGUCUUCGCGAGAGGCACCCUGACAGCAGAGCAACAGAAAAAGCUGCUGCCACAGACCCAGUUCAGCCAGAAGCAGAAUCAGCUGGAUGGUAAAACGGGGUUCAAAUAUAGGUAUGAGAAGACGUACAGAGCUGUAACCGGGCUAGAACAAGACGCCAUAAUGAGCAAAAAUGUGGAAGGGGCAGUUGUCACUUUAUCCCAGGUUUACGAGAGCUCAGCUGGUUUGGUGGUGAUAUACGUCGUGCCUGCUGAUUCCCAGCUUCUGCCGGAUGAGGUGACAGUUUACAUCGGGAAGCACAGGGCCUGCUUCCUGCGGUCUCCUGUGACUGGGUCACACAGUGUGGAGGACGUACUUCAGGACAUUGAUGACAGUAUAGAGGAGAUCCUGCAGACUAUGUCCUUCACCGAUGAUAUGGUGGUUGCAGCAUUGUCCAGUCGUGUUCCCUCGGGAACCAUUGGCACUGACAGCCUCACAGCAAGUACAACAGCAUUCAAAUCCAGUCUUGGAUAUGAAAUCACCUUCAGUCUGUUGAAUCCUGAUCCCAAGUCCCAUGAUGUUUGUUGGGAUAUCGAACAAGCUGUGAAUAAUUAUGUGCAACCCUUCCUAGACAAGCUGUCAUUUGUUGCAAACUUUUCUGUAGACUCUCAGAUACUGUAUUACGCAGUUCUUGGAGUAACCCCGCGCUUCGACAAGACCUCAUCGAGCUUUUCAUUGACUGAGGACAGCUUGCCCCAUGUGAUCAAUCCAGUCGAAGCCAAACUCGGGUCUAAUGUUGCCUCUUCCUAUCCAGUUUUGAAUUUUCUUCUGUACGUUCCUGAAUAUUCUCACUCUCCUCUGUAUAUCCGUGACAGCAGUGGGUCUCCUGUUGAGUCAAAUGCCUUUCACAGCUCCCGCUGGGGAGGAAUCAUGAUUUACAAUGUGGACCACCAGCAACUGAACGAGACUCGUCUCCCAGUUCCAGUGAAGGUGGACGUAGCUCGAGUGAUGGAGGUGUUCCUGGCUCAGCUGCGGUUGUUGAUGGGCAUACAGAAGGUGCAGCCCCCUCCUGAGACAGUCAUCCAAAGCCCCGGGAACAUGGUGGUCACUGACUGGGAGACUGAUCGCCUCCUCUGGGUGAGAACAGUGGAGAACAUCGCCACGGCCACAAACACACUGACUUCCCUGGUGCAACUCAUCGAUGAAAUUGGAAACAUCGUCAUCAAUGACAACAUCGCCUCUGAGGUGUACAGUGCUGUGGCUUCUGUGCAGCGAUCACUUCAGGAGCUGGAGGCUGGGAGGCUCAUGCCUGCCUUUCAGGCCAGCAAGAAGGCCAUCACCUCGUCAGAGAAAGCCUUCUUCGAUCCUUCACUCCUCCACCUGCUCUAUUUCCCAGAUGAUCAGAAGUUUGCCAUUUACAUUCCCUUGUUCCUCCCGAUGUGCGUCCCCAUUGUGUUGUCCCUGCUGAAGACGGGAAUGGACUGUAAGUGGAGGCGGAAGGUGGAUUGAGGGGGAGGCACUCUGAGGAUUCCUCACAGACUUGCAACAUCUCAAUUAUGGAAGAAUGUUAAAUGUUAGUGCUCAAAGGGUUUUGUAAAUUUUGUGCAAUGUAAUUUAUUGGGAUGGUGUCCCCUCUUCUGAAUGCAAUGAAAUCAUGCUGGACUGGAGUGCAUGCAGCCUUCUGUUACCUCAAACAUUCUUUUCUAUAUUGAACUACAGGAGGUGUCACCACCAAAUUAGAUCUUGUAAGCUCGAUCUGUAUGAUUCCUUGCCCCCAAAACCCAGCCAAAGGUCGAGGCUCAACAGCAGUCAUGCCUGGCACAAGAGACAGGCCAAGGAAACUCAGGACAAAGGCAGGUCCCUCCUGACAUCUGUGUUUGUUACACUGGAUCCUUCUCCCAUUGGCCAACACGCAUCUACACUCAGCUCUGUGUAGCAUUGGCAUUGUGUGUCCAGAGCUGUGACAGAGCCUGCAUCGUAUGCACAGCAGACAGAAGCCCAACUUUGUACAGUGAGUGCUGUGGUAUACCCGGGAUAGAGGCCUGCUAAACAUUGCAACUCGUCUUCUUUCUGCCCUUUAUAAGCACAGCGCAUUGGCACCUGUCAUUUUCUCUUGUGGACUCUCCUCUGCCCUUGUUUCUUCUUGUGUGUCUCUUCCCUUUUCUCUCUACUACAUUGAUCUGCCCAUCCCUCCCGUCCCGGGUCCCUCCCACUCCCACUCGUCUUCACCCCCUGUGUCCAUAUCUGUCCAACUCCCUGAUGCAAGCCCUUUAAUUAAAUGGAGCUGCUCUAUAGUAAAUGUUUUGUUCUUCUUUGUAAAUACUACCUUGUAUUGCUGUGUUUAAUCAACUCAUUAUUAAUGAAUUCCUGCUGUAUGAAGUAGCUUUGUAGAUGCAAGCACAAUUAAUUACUUUGUAAUGACGGAGGUGUUAAUUAAGAUUUAUGAAACAGCAUUACCAUUUGUCCUUGCAGCAGACCUUGUUUAGGCAGUUAGAACUCUGCAGCUUCGCUUUCCUCGUGAUGGGAGGUUUGCAAGCUGUGGAAACUGCACAGGGCAGUCACUGGACUGCUCUCCAGUCUGAGGCAACUUACCCAGCACGCUCAACAAACUGGCUCUGUAUUCUUCAGAAAGUGUACAUUUGUCCAAUCUGAUCAAGGUCUAUAAAAUAACAAAAAGCCUAAACUGUGCUGCUGUGGCCCAGGUAUUUCAGCUUGGAGCUGAGUAUUGAUGACAAGUUCAGGACAGGACCAGUUGGCCCAUUGUACAUGCUGUCCCCCACUCACCAUGGCUGCAGCGUAGAUGGUGGGCAGUUCUUUUCCUGGGGCAAUAGUGGGUCCGUGGAACAGGCUGCUGGGCCCCUGAAUUCCUUCAGGCGAGAUGUUCCUCGCCAGGGCAGCAAUCACUGCCAGCAGUGUGGCACUGCAGCAUAGGCCAGGAACCCACUGAUCUGCUCUCGUUGUGAUCACUUCAAGAGGGGGGGCAGGAAGGAACAUUACAGGUGGUUCCCUCCCGAAUGCACCAGGUCUCCCCGAAUGAGAUGUCCAAAGAGAUGGAUUCUCUGGGUUGGGGGGGGGGGGGGGGGGGGUGAUGUCGGGGGUCUGGGAUGUGGGGUCCAGCACUCGUCUCACUAGGCACUGGCUUGCUGGGCUGUUGGGUGUUGCCCUGCCCAUCACUCCUUGUAUGUGUGUGUGUUUUAUUCCAAGCAGUCUCAUAUCACCGGUUGGAGAUAUUGCAAAUAUAUUUAAAGUUUUGUGUGUGAGAUAACUCGAAAGUGGUAAUUACAGCUCCAAGUUCUGGAGCUUUGCUGCCAAUCACCAGUGUGAAGAGAGAGCAGGAGACGGUGCUGUCUGUUUUACCUGGAUUAGCUGCUGCACAUUGGUUGAGAUGUUAAACAAGUCCCUGCCUGAACUCUGAGGUGGGUGGGAAAGGACCCUUGAUAGAUUCCAAUUUAUCCCUCGUACAGUAAUACAGCAUGGAAACAGGCCCUUCGGCACCACUGGUCCAUGCUGACCACAAUUCCCGUCCCCUCAGCAAAGAUCUCAUUACCCCACAGGAGUGGGAGUUUGCUGAGUGUAAAUUGGCUGCAAAGUUUCCUACAUUACAACAAUGACCACACUUCAAAAACACCAGUGCUGUAAAGUUUCUUUAAGUUAUGAAUUCUUUUAUGAAAAUAUUGAUCCCAGACAGUGCAACCCCUUGGAGUAUAUAGUCUAUUAUACUCAGGGUCAGCUGCUGCUGUUGUGCAUGUAAUACACCAGCUUUGGGCUGGCUUCUCUUGUGAAUGUUUUAUUGCACCAUAUUUUCUCCAGGCAGACCUGAUUCUGCAAAAAGGAUGGAUUUUCAGUUAAACGGCCAGUUCUCCCUGUCAGUGCCCUUGUCAGCAGGGGGCAGUGAAGGCCACAUUGGUGGGAGCGGCCCGCCAUCCUUCUGCACUGAAUUCCGGUUAAAGGUGAACUCAGCCCAGGGACAGUGUGAGACUGGAACAUACUCGCACCAAGCCCCUGUUGUACAAUUGUAGCUUCCUAUGUAUUGUACUUUUUCAGGAGUGUGCAGUUGAAAUGGUAUUCCUCACACUAAUCCCAGCUGCAAACAGUGGUGACUGGGCCGCAGGACAGUAACUCUGUACCUGUUAUAGUGUUAGCUGCCUCUGGCUUCUGAGGGCUGUGAGUUCUAGUCACUCUAGACCCUCUAAUGGAGAAUUUGGACUGUACAACAGGCAGAGGUGCGCUCUGUUGGCUGACAGAAGGACUUAUCCACUGCCCCUAAUGACCUUGGGCCAAGACGUUAUCUCCCAGCUGCUCUGUAAGGUAGAAGACCCGAGGACGUUUGUGUAGGAGAAGGGGGAAGUUCCGGCUGGUUUCCUGGCUAGUACUCAGUCCUCAAUAUGACAAAGCGCACAAAGUGGAAGCUGUAGGAGGCCAUUCAGCCCCUCAUGUCCGUCCUACCAUUCAGUAUCUUUCAUCUCAGCACCACUUUCCUUCACUAAUCUCAUGGUUUCAUUCUAUUAGUAUUUUUUAAAUUCAAAAUAAACUUUAUUCAUAAUAAAAGACACUAUAUACAAUAAUAAAACUGUUCAAACCUUUA